GGGAGCUGCAGUCCUAGUCCGCGCCCACCACUUAGCUGCUGGGAGUUGUAGUCGUUCACGCUGGGAGGGGCACGCGGAAAUGGGUAACGGUAACACCCCCACCCCCGCCCUGACUUUUGCUUCGGGUCUCUGCGACAGUGGUGGAGGCAACUGACGGUCGCGGCUUAAUUUUUCUAGUUUAAAAAACACUAUGGAUUACCGAAGCGUCAGUCGCUGGAGACCGUGGGAGGGCGGGAACGGCGCGGCACGUGACCCCGACGUAACCUCGGAGCUCUAAGUUUAGCGGGAUUUCCAAACGCGGCAGCCACUGGCGAAGUGAGCUGGAGAGCGCGCGCUGGGGGCGGGAUCGGACGGGACCGGAACGGGAGCUCUCUGGCCACGGUAAAGCACCGAACACUUAGGACAAUGUCCAUGCAGAUGCAAUUUGAAGCUGGUGCAGACACUUCAAUAGAAGAAGAGAACAUUGGCCCACAGCCCAUUUCGCGACUGGAGCAGUGUGGCAUAAGUGCCAAUGAUGUGAAGAAAUUGGAAGAAGCUGGAUACCACACAGUGGAGGCUGUUGCCUAUGCACCAAAGAAGGAACUAAUAAAUAUUAAAGGCAUUAAUGAAGCCAAAGCUGAUAAGAUCCUGGCUGAGGUGGCUAAAUUGGUCCCAAUGGGUUUCACCACCGCAACUGAAUUUCAUCAGCAACGGUCAGAAAUGAUACAGAUCACCACUGGCUCCAAAGAGCUCGACAAACUCCUACAAGGUGGGAUUGAGACUGGGUCCAUCACAGAGAUAUUUGGGGAAUUUCGAACGGGGAAGACACAGAUUUGUCACACACUGGCUGUAACCUGUCAGCUCCCCAUAGACCGAGGUGGUGGUGAAGGGAAGGCCAUGUACAUUGAUACUGAGGGAACCUUCCGGCCAGAGCGAUUGCUGGCAGUGGCUGAAAGGUAUGGCUUGUCUGGCAGCGAUGUCCUGGAUAACGUGGCAUAUGCUCGAGGCUUCAACACGGACCACCAAACGCAGCUCCUCUAUCAGGCUUCAGCCAUGAUGGUCGAGUCCAGGUAUGCGUUGUUAAUUGUGGAUAGUGCUACGGCCCUCUAUCGGACAGAUUACUCUGGCCGAGGGGAGCUGUCAGCCAGACAGAUGCACUUAGCCAGAUUCCUGAGGAUGCUCCUUCGACUCGCCGAUGAGUUUGGUGUGGCAGUGGUGAUCACUAAUCAGGUGGUAGCCCAAGUAGAUGGGGCAGCCAUGUUUGCUGCAGAUCCCAAAAAGCCCAUUGGAGGAAACAUCAUUGCACAUGCCUCAACAACCAGGCUGUACCUAAGGAAAGGACGAGGAGAAACUAGGAUUUGCAAGAUCUAUGACUCUCCCUGCCUUCCUGAGGCUGAAGCUAUGUUUGCCAUAAAUGCUGAUGGAGUGGGAGAUGCCAAAGACUGAGGCACUACUUUGAUUUCACUUAUAAAACUUGAGCGUUUCCUAUUGAAGAGGACUGUUCCCUGGUGUCCUUCACAGGGCUUUUCCUGUUGUGACGACCUCAGAAGAGACUUCCAUGCAAACAGCCAUUGUAUUUGCCCAUCUGAAGGUGUAAACAGGAGACAGGUCAGCACUCAGGAACUCUGAUCUGAAAUGUUGAUUGCUUCUGAGUUUACUGAUCUCUAUUUCUCUGGUCCUUGAGGGAGAGGAGAAGCAGCCCUUCCCAUAACAAUAUCUUUAGGUAGGCUUAAGAUUUCCAUUUGUCUGGAAUGUCUUUUUUUUCUUAACGUGGCCACAACUGGACAAAGAACUUGAAAAAACUGGGCUCCCCCCACCAUCACCAGUGUCUUUAAUGAUGAAAAUUCAAUGGCCCAGGGCCAUGACACAAAGGUGUCAAAUUAUGCCCUACUUUAUCCCAAGUUUCUCCCAGGGUCUUGUUUCUCUGACAGUAAAAUUGACCUGGAGGUUGUUAGGCACCUGAGUUAUUGUUGGGAUUUUGUAUAUAAGUAUUUGUACCCAUUGAGGGAAGUCUUUUUCUUUUAAGGAAAUGAGUCUUGGUGGCCUGGAUUUAUGCCAUUUAUUUAGUCCCAAUUCAGCUUUUCCUUUACUGCUUACAGUAAAGUUCUAGGGUCUCGGACAUUUCAGAAGCCUUUGCAAAGGGAUUUGAGCCCCAAAAUGAAACACAUGUUGGGAGAUUGGAUUUUUGAGGCCAUCUUAUGUUAGCUAAAUUAAACAUCCGAUAUAGGUUGAGGCCUUGUUAGCCAAGUACUGUAAGAUAAGUUUUCUCUACCCCUUGCUGUUGAUGUUAUGUACAGCUUUGUGAAGUUCAGUGGAAUAGGUCUUGCUAUGAAAUAUAGAUGAUUGAAUCCUAUUAUCAGCAGCCAUGAGGGCAACGGGAAAAGGGGCAGAAUGCCCAUCUUUUAUUUGGUAAAUUGCUAGGGGUGGGGUAAGGGGAAAAUGGAACAUGAUCACAGAAUAUGUGGCUUUUCGUUGGGGUGGGAUGGCUGCCCCUUCCCCAAACCACAAAGCUUUUUCACUACAAUUUCUGAUGCUAUUUUGAAAUCACUUUCACUCUCCUUCCAGUCAAAAUAGAACCCUAACUUUCUAAUCUUGGUUUUAAAAGGCUUGCAAUAUGGGGAGGAUAUAUUCAGAAAUGAACAUGAUGUAAAAACAAGAUGCAUCAAUAAAACAGCUCCAAAGACUAUUUGCCUGUUGUCCAGCUUGGACUAGCUAGGUGGAAUGUCAGUA